AUGGCUUCGAACAUCCCUGACAACCAGCCGGAUGAGAUGUUCGGCAUCGGUGUGGCCAGUGUCUCGCUGAACGUCGGGAUCGUCGGGGCUGGUAUCGCUGGACUAACGGCCGCGACCGCGCUGCGCCAGAGUGGACAUCACGUUGAGAUCUUCGAGAGGUCGCGCUUCAACAACGAAGUGGGAGCGGCCAUCAACAUCUGCCCAAACGCGUCGCGGAUACUGGCACGAUAUGGAUUCGACUUUGAGCGCGCGAAGGCCGUGAUAGUGGAGCAGUGCCACUUCAUGAAGGGUGAUACUCUUGAGACGAUUGACUGCGCAGACUGCCGAGACAUGGUUGACAGAUAUGGCUGGCCCUGGUAUCUCCUUCAUCGAGUCGAUCUCCACACCGAGCUCCGACGAUUGGUCGGCGAAGCGGAUUACCGACGUCUUGCUAGCGAUGAAGAUCACCGUGAAACGGAGCCUACGAGGAUCAACCUCGCCGCUAAAGUUAUUGAAGUGAAUUGCGAGCUGGGGACGUUGAAAAUGGCAGAUGGAUCUGUGGUCUACAAAGAUCUGAUUGUGGCAGCAGACGGUGUACACUCUUCUCUGAGUUCCACGGUCAUCGGGACAGAUAGCGUGGCGACGCCGACUGGUAGCUCUAUGUUCCGCUUCCUCGUACCUACUGAGAAGUUGGUACAGCGUGCCGAGACGCGGUCUUUAGUGCAAGGCGCUCCACCGGGAGUCAAUUUGGCCACUGGCCCAGACCGGAGAAUCGUCUGGUACCCCUGCCGGAACGGGGAACUACAGAACUUUGGCUUGAUCCAUCCUGAUACCCGCACUGACAAGCGAGAGACAGACUGGAGAUCAAAUGCAAGCUUGACUGAGUUGAUUGAAGAAUGCCAGGGCUUUCAUCCGUCACUGCGAGCUGCCAUGGGAGUGGCUGAAGAUAUCAAGCUCUGGAAGCUGCUGUACCGUCCGCCGAUUUCUUCGUGGACCAGAGGCAAGGUUGUUCUUAUCGGAGAUGCUGCCCAUCCCAUGCUUCCGAAUCAAGGCCAGGGUGGAGCACAGGCGAUAGAGGAUGGAGCAGCGCUAGGCCUUUUGCUCUCGAACUUACCAGAUGUCAGAGAGGUACCUCGGCGGCUGAAGCUGUUUCAAGAGAUUCGCAAAACGAGGGCUGCAGCUAUGCAGAUUUUCUCGAAUGCUGGACAGGAUGAGGCUGAGAAGAUUCAGAGAGAAGCGCGCGCCUACGUGAAAGGGCCGAUUCCAAAGACGCCAGCAGAGUUUAGAGAAUGGAACUUUUCCUACGACAUCUUUCAGGACUGUGCGAAGGCUCUGGUCAAUCUUGAAAGCCAAGCAGGGGACGUCCAAGCCUGCGAUCCCUUUGUACUGCAGCAACUCCCCAGUGCUCGAAAUGAUGAGGUUUGA